AUGAGUCAAGGAGGGAAUGUCCAUCUUGCAAAUCUAUCGUCCUUGCAGGACGCCUCACCUCAAGCGGAGUCCGACUCUGAUCUCGGAUCACCGGACAGGAUUAAGUCGAUGACCAGCUCGCCCCUCCGAAUUCUUGAGUCGGAAAUCAGUUCAGCGCAGGGGUCUGCUUUCACACUGCUCCGAGUCAAGCCGGUCAAUUUCCAUGCCUUGCCUCUGGAUGCAACCAUGGUGGAGGACGACCUCACUCCCUUAGCCACAAUCCAAUUCUUCGUAGAGAUAUACUGUCCGUCCAUGCUGCGUCAUCCAACCUUUAGGCUAAAGAGCAGAGAUUCUGUGUUUAUGAGUGCCAAUCUUUCAGGCAUGAUGCAGGACCCCUUGAUAACGGCUAGCUCCCUCGCACUUGCUAUACGCAUACACGACAAAGGCCGGAGCAGGAAAGUCGUUGGAUAUUACCGCAAGGCUCUUGUACUUCUCCAAAAAAGACUCAAAUCCGAUGAUCGCAACUCCACCAACGCUAUCCUGCUUAGUCUCAUUCAUUUGAUGGCUGUUGAGUCGCUGUCGGAGGAUCUGGGGUCUCCUCUUCACCACCUGGGUGCCAUGCGCCGUAUGAUACAAAUCCGAGGCGAGCUCCGAUCUUCAGGCCUGCAGGGCUACAUCAAGGACCACAUCAGAUCGUGGGAGUCGUUCCUGGGAGGCGUGUAUGCCGAGCCUGACCCAGAUCAGGUGCGAAUAUUUCCUUAUGGCUCGCUUGACUAUCCUCGACACCCAUUCGAGCCGGAAUUGAGCCUCGCAUUGAGCCGUCUGCCUCUAGGCUUUAUCGAAUUGGCGAUGUCUUGCAGACUGAGCAUCCAAGUGAUCCGAAUUGUACAGAUCGGUGCGCAACUAAUGUCCGAUCUCUUCCACCAAAAGCAAGAUUUCAAACAAGAUGACAGUCUUGCACUUCCAUAUCCAGGGUCGCCUGUUCAACUUAUGUGUCUCGCCAUUGUCAUCCUACAGAAUCAACAGCGCAACAUGGUGGAGGAGGUGCUGGCGAUUUCAUUGCUGGCGUUGGCAAUAUCGACCGAGGCCUUGGAGGAACAUAUAACAACGGGCUACGGAUACAUCCAAACUUACUGCAUGGGACUAUGGGAUGUCGAUAUUGAGCGAGAAUGUCGCAGUACGGGAGCGUUGGGGCUCGAAGAUUUUCUUCUGUGGGCCAAAAUGUUGCUGUUGGCGACCUUCGAUUAUGACACACAAACCUGGAGGACCGCCAUUCAACUGCGACGGGACGUGCCAUUUCCGGAGUUCAAGAGCCCAAAUUUUGAGGUCUGCCGGCAAUUCUUCUGGACUGAAUUGUUGACCCUUUCACUGGAGCAGAAGAUGGCGCAAGAAAGAGCACUCGGGAAACCACCCAGUUUGGACGGUCCAGCGAGUUCCGAAACCAAUUAG